AGAUAAUUGGAUGCACAGAGAGGCACGUGUCCUCUAAACUGCGAUAUCAGCUCUUGACAGCUCCGGCGUUUUUCCACCUUUCUCUUUACAGUUCGUGAGCACAAACACAGACAGACAAGCGGCAAGAAGGAGAGAGGAUGAGAGCCAGCAGCGUGAAGUUUUGCACCGCCUUCCUCAUCACCUACUCCCUCGCCCUGGGAACAAGUGGUCAUUCUUGUCAGCCUGACCCAUGCCAAAAUGGAGGAACAUGCCUGGCUGGUGUCUCUUCAGAUCCCUACUACUGCAUCUGCAUGGAUGGAUUCACCGGGAAAGAUUGCAACGAGGUAGAGCAAGGAAGUGGUGCAGAGAAACGUACGGGGUACACGUUGGAAGACAUAAGGUAUAACGAUGUCACUAGAUACUCCAAACCCUCAGGGCCUUGUCACCCUAACCCAUGUCAAAAUGGUGGUCUGUGUGAGUUGAUGUCACGUAGAGGAGAUGUCUUUGGUGAAUACGUCUGCAAGUGUCCAACUGGCUUUCAGGGCAUUCAUUGCCAAACAAAUAUCGAUGAUUGUUCUUCCCAGCCAUGUAUAAAUGGAGGACAGUGUGUGGAUCUGGAUGCAGAUUUCUCAUGUCAUUGCCCGUCUCCGUAUGUGGGGAAAAGCUGCCAACACACUUGUGCAAGUGCAUUAGGGAUGGAGGGAGGAGCAAUAGAUGACCACCAGAUCUCCGCCUCCUCGCUGCACCUUGGAUUUCUCGGUCUGAAGCGCUGGCGCCCAGAGCUGGCACGACUCAACAACAAGGGGAUUGUGAAUGCUUGGAGCAUGGCAACCUUUGACCUUAAUCCCUGGUUUCAGGUGAAUUUGCUGAGAAGGAUGCAAAUUACUGGGGUUGUCACACAGGGUGCAUUGGCACUGGGGUCUCCAGAAUAUAUCAAAAUGUUUAAAAUUGCUUACGGCUUUGAUGGAGUAAACUUUGUCACCAUCAAAGACACCGAAAACAACAAAGACAAGAUAUUUACUGGAAACCGCAAUAACAAUGAACAGAAGAGGAAUCUGAUUGAUCCACCCAUCAUUGCCCAGUACAUCCGCUUUAUUCCUGUGGUGUGUCAGAGGGCUUGCACCCUGCGCAUGGAGCUGCUUGGCUGUGAACUGAACGGUUGUUCGGAGCCACUUGGAAUGAAGUCAAGAUUCAUUAGAAAUGAUCAAAUCACCGCUUCGAGUACGUACAAGAUGUGGGGAAUCGAUGCGUUCACUUGGGCACCUUGCUUAGCGCGUUUGGACAAACAAGGGAAAACCAAUGCCUGGACUGCUGAGCUCAGCAACAAAUCACAGUGGCUUCAGAUUGACCUCUUGAUUCCUAAAAAGAUCACUGGCAUCAUCACCCAAGGAGCAAAAGAUUUUGGAGUAGCUCAAUAUGUAGAAUCCUUUAAAGUUGCCUUCAGUGAUGAUGGUCAGUCAUGGACUAUUUACCAAGAUAGCAUCACAAGGAAAGACAAGGUUUUCCAGGGAAACUAUGAUAACUACAGCCACAAGAAAAACAUAUUUGAUCCUCCAAUCUACGCACAGUUUGUUCGGAUCUUGCCUCAGACUUGGCACGAGCGGAUCACACUCCGUGUUGAACUCCUGGGAUGUCAGGAAUAGACUCCUCCUUCUUGCAUGCAAUAGGGGAACAUUCAAUAUGUUUUGCGCGCUGAUCUGCAUCAACUGCAUUAUCCCUGUUUACACACACUGGAACGCCCGCUUCACUUUACGAUAACUCUGCAUUGACAGAAUUCAAAUUGGCCAUAAUUUAAAGCAACAGGAUCCAUAAUAUUUGUAAUGUGCUUUCCCUUGACCUGUGACCCUGCAUGAUUGGCCAUUCCCAGUGUGUGACUGAACCUCCAUUGUCAGCAUCCCAUGGGAUACUAAUGGAAAUUCCUGCUGCUUCCUCUCUUUCCUCUUGCUCACUGGCAAAGGAAUGCAAGGGAAUGCAAGUGGGAAGCUGGAUUUUCUCAGUUUUCACACAGUGGAUGGAAGAACCCAUCACUAAAAUGAAAGGAAUUUGCAUGGUUGUCUUAUUCCUGUGAGGAUGUCUUUGACUUCCACUUGCUAACUGAACAGAACAAUGGGAUUGAAGUUCGGAGCUUAGUCUGUGCAGAAUUCUCAGGCACAGACCUCUACUUGGCUUGAUGUCCCUGAGAAAACUUUUAGCAACUGGGAUUGUGGUCCUUCAAGAGAAAAAAUGAGUUUGAGACUCUUAUUGAUUAAUAGGUGAAAAUCUGUAUUGCCAUCUUAGCCUGAGCUCUCUUUCAUGAGAUCAGGAAAGAAUGUUUCACUGUACCAUGUAAUUGAUAAGAUAUUAACUGUAAAUGUACAUUUGUAUUAUGAGAUGCAAUCUCUACUAAAGGUUAUGAUAGAUAAUUUUAACUUUUUAAUGGCAACACAAAACAGACAAUGUGGUUGCUCACAGUACAUUCCUCCUAGUUUUCAUUUGUAUUCCAUUGAAGCCAUUUGAAAUCAGGAGAGAUGUGUCCUGAUUCAAAUGCCCCAAAGUAAAAAUUACCCCCAUUAACUCAACCAAGAUCCUUAAGCAUUAGUAUUCCCUGUUGCGUUGGGUUACUGUUCAUGUGCGAGAUAAUGGGCAAAAUAAGUAGAUCCCUUUUACUGUACAGUGAAUUUCUUAGGGACCAUGACCAGCAUUAAUGGCUGUAUGAGAAAUUGUGCAUCUUAAAGAAAACUGCAUCCACCAAUGGCUGGGUGGUGCAGUGAUGGAUCAAAGCAGCCCCUGAUUGGAUUAGAUUGAAUGUCUGCAGGUUGGCACUUGCAUAGUUUCAAUGAAUGUUAGUAAAAUUCUGAGACUAAAAACAGAACAUAUGUCCUGCUCAAAGGGGAGUGGAAAUCUGGAACUCCGAGGCUGAGUAUUAGUUGAACAUUUUGAAACUGAGAUCAAUAGAUUUUUGUUAGCCAAGGUGUAUGUGAUCAAAAUACAGCUCUUAUUGAAUGGCAGAACAUGUUUGAGGAACUAAAUUGUCUCCUCCUCUUCAUAGGUUUCUAAGUGGAGAGCAAUAGGGUUUGGAAGUCACAGUCUCCCAUCUCCGUCCCUCAUCCAAAAUCAUGACAAAGAGCUAGAGACUCCAAUGAUGUUUGCAGCUGUCACAAUUCACAAAGGCAUCACCUUCAAUUAAUUAAAAUAGUAGGAUUAAUGACAAGGCCAGAUUUUAAUCAUACUACAUUUUAAUUAACACAGAAAUUAGAUACCUGUCACGGGAGACAUCUGGAGGUGCUGUUUUUGCUCACUUGUACCUGAAACCUGUCUGCAAGUUUCACUUCAGGUCAUAUGCACUUGUUUAUCGAUAGUCAGCAUGCAGUUCAACUCUACUUCAGCAGAGAAGAGGAAAAUAUAGGGGAGAUAUAAAAGUAGUUGUGUUUGCACAGCUCCCCCAGCAGUGUGCCACUCCAGGAGAACUUGUGAAUUUUAAGCUCACCUUAAUGUUGCUAACAUCAUCCAUUCAGAAAUUCUCUGUAAAACAAUGCACCAAACAACAUACAACGGCUUGUGAACAUGCCUGUAGGCGAAUCUUAGUUAAGUGAGGUGUGGUUCUUUCAGGUGACCUUUAGGUAUUUAUUGUCUUGCUUAUUAACUUGGGUCACCUGUUCUCACACCUUUUGUUUCUUUGUAGAUUUAAUGUUGGUUGGCUGGAGGUUAGUCUGCUAGCUGAGAAUUUGAACUCAUUUGUUCAUUGGUAGAAUGUUUGUUUUCCAUGGAGCUUUCCAUGUCAUUAUCUCUACACUGUAAUGUCAGUUGCACAGAAAACAAUUGAACCAAUUUCUAGUCUAAAUGGAAGCAAAGGGAGUGUGUAUCCCAAUAGCUGGCAGUGAGAAAGCUGAAAAUCUCAUCUAGAUAUACCAUAAGAUCUUUACAAUUCCAUCACAGGACCAUCUCAAGAAGGUUUUAAAUUAAUUUAACAUCACCCAAAAACAUAUAAUCCCUGGUUGAUGAUCUUCUCAGUUGGGACUGAAGGAUUGCUAUUUGUGAAGUGCAGUAAGUCAAGGAUGAGUAGUUAAGGCUGUGAGGCAAGUUGAACUUACGGAGAUUUCCAUGAUUAUCUUUGAGGAUCAGAGAGCACUUAUAGAAAAUACUGCCUCAGAAUGAAAAGAAAUGGUUGUAGUGAAUGACAGACUUGAUUUAUAUUGGCUGUGAGGAAUAUCGACUUAUUGUGGUAGUGGUUCUGAUAAAGUGGAUUGUACAUGCGUUAUGGAAGAUGAACAUAUGGGAGGUGCACAGGUAGUGUGUACUAGAAAGCAGGAGAAAUGGGAUUGAAGGACUGAAUAGCCUUUUUCAAUAUUUUUAUUCUUGCAUUCUAUAUGGUUGCAGAUGUGGGCGAGGGGGAUGAUGCAGGAUUGGUGAAUGGGAUGGAAUCAGGCAGUUACAAAACAAGAAAAACAUUAUAAAUUGAGUGUGUGAACGCUUCAGGUAGGGAGCAUUUGACAGCAGUACAUGAAUUUGCAACAUUUUGUUAUCUAGGAUCAAAACCUGUGCUUUGAAUGAAGCUGUUGAACCAUAGGAUUGUAUAGCACCGAGGGAGAUCAUUCCCCCAUCAGCUCAGGCUGCCUCUUGCUAAGAGUUGUACCAUCAACUCUGCUGCCUUAUUCUUUCCCCAUAGCUCUGCUAAUCUUCCUCAUUAAAAUGCAUCUCCAAGUCCAAUAUUUGUGUGUUCUGAUGCAAAUUUAGAUGAGGUCGGGGUAAGGCACAGUUUCUUUCUAUGGCCUGUGUUUUUUUUUUCAGCCUUUCUGAUUCUCUAUUACAGGCACCAAGUCCAUCCAGAGAAUGAGAUCAUUUCAGAUGACCCUUUCCCCUCAACCAAAAAUAAUCCAAUAAAUUUUGAAGAGGUCCCAUUUAUUAAUCAAGUGAAGCAAGCUUGACUGCUAUGAAUUAUGAGAAUGUCCUAUGCCUAAGGAACAGGGUCAUAAGGUCGUAUAGAAGUUUUAAGGCUUUUUCAAAUGAGGACAUCCUUUUUGAAUUAACCCUUCUUGUGCUGAACUUCAGACAAUUUGCAUGAUAUACAUGAUAAAGUAUUGUAGUGCAUAGAACCCAACAAACACCCCUCCAGUCAGUGUAAUCUCUGAUGUAUGUAAGAACUAAUCCUACUGGAUUUAGUAAAAAAUAUUGGUGCAAACAAUUAAAGAUGACUAAAACAAUA